AUGUUGAUGGUGAACUCCAGUGCUGGCCUAAAAGUAUGCAAAGGUCUCUGGACAUAUUACGACACUUGGAAAGAUUAUCAAGAAGACGUUGCCGUUAUUUGUGAUUCUCUGACUGGCAUUGAAAAUACCCUGACGCUUUUACAAAACUCGAUGACAGCAAGGCCGAAGCCGCCCCCAAAUGAAGCUCACGAUGAAUCUUGCCGAGACGCUGUACAACGAUGCAAAGCCACUAUGGGCAAAUUAAGAGAAAAGCUAGGGGAAAUUGAAAAUAGCAAUAGUUCCGGCGGACUUCGACGUCAGGCCAAAUUCCAGUGGAAGAAAGUCAAAUAUCCGUUCAAGGAGAGAAAGAUCUUCAAGUUGCGUGGUCUUCUGGUGGAAACAAAGUCGGAUCUACAACUCUUGUUGCAUGUUUUGAGAUUGAACCAGUCGGAUCAACUGUCAUUGAAUAUGGCCAAUGCCAAUGAAUAUGUGACAGACUUGCAAAAGUCGAAAAAGGAUAAAAAGUACAAAGAAGUCCUCGACUGGGUGUGUACAGUCGAUCCAUCAGCCAAACACGGUGAUACAAAUUCAAAGAAAGAGCCCGGUACAUGCAAUUGGCUCUUUCAAAGACCCGAAUUCGAUGAAUGGAAGACACAAGGAUCGGUUUUGUGGAUUAAAGGCGAGCUUGGCUGUGGAAAAUCAGUUCUCUGUUCCGCAGCGAUCGAACAUAUGAAGCUUUAUUGCACAACUACACCGGGAACUAUACUUUUAUACUAUUAUUUCUCCUUCACUAAUCAGUCCUUGCAAAACACAACCAUAUGCUUAUCAUCACUACUACGCCAGCUCUGCACAGAAUCUACCAGCAUCAUGGCCAUGGUAGAACAAAUGCACGAGAAAUUCCAUCAAAAUCACAACAAUCCCAAAAAACUGGCUUUUGACGAUGUCCAAACAUGUCUUCAGUCUGCAAUUGCAGAGCUGACAAAAGAUAAGAAGGAUGUAUAUGUUGUAAUUGAUGCUCUUGACGAAUUGCCAGAUGACCGAGAAGGGUUACAGAGAGCACAGAUGUUGAAGUGGAUAGUGGAAACAUCAAGCCGGGAAAUACACCUUCACCUCUUAUUUACUAGCCGAGUGGGCUUCAGUUGUAUCGACAUUGAGAAAACCAUGGAAUCGCAAUCUCGACUGUACAAAAUUUCCAUUGACGCGGUCACGAACCACGAUGACAUACGGUUAUAUCUCGAAGGGCAGUUUCAGGGUAAUAAGAACUUGAAAAACUUGGGAAAUGUUGCCCGGGUGAAUAUCAUUGAGAAACUUAUUGGCAAGUCUGGUGGGAUGUUCCAAUGGGUUAGCUGGCAGCUCUAUGAAUUAAAAGGUCUCCCCCCAAUUGCGAGACCGAAGGACAUUGAAGAGGUUAUAAAUUCAAUGCCGCCCACCUUAGGCGAGUGUUAUAUGAGGAUAUUACAAGGAGUCAACAGCCGAUUCCAACCCGAGAUCGCGAAGGCGUUACAAUGGAUAUCGCUUUCUCUUCGGCCCCUCGAUGUCAAAGAGGUGAACGAGGCAUGCAUCAUCGACGUUACCAAGUUACCAGCUAUCAAUGGAGGUAAAUUCCGUGCAGAGGGUAUUGCAACCUGUCUGUCAAGUUUCGUGACUCGAAGAGGUUAUAAAAAUACCGAACUAUCUCUAUGCCAUUUUUCGGUAAAGGAAUUUUUAUCGAGCACAAUCCAAGACAGUGCAUACUCCAGGUACGGAUUCAGAGAAGGUGUUGCCCAUGCGUCCAUCGCGGAAAGUUGUAUUGCCUAUAUCUAUUACUACAGUCAUUGUACGACGAAACUGAACACGCGAAGCGACUUCAAAUACUUUCCCCUUUUGCUUUAUGCAUGUCAACAUUGGUUUCAUCACCUGAAGCUUGCCGCAGAAGAAGAGCAGGAGAGACUCGCUCCGUUGGUCAUGGGAUUUCUUACCUCUGGGGGUGUAUAUUCCUAUGCUCUGACGAUAUACAAUCCUCUUUAUCCGGUAGGGCCGUUUCCGUGUAAAAUUUAUACUUUGGCUUCACCAUUUGGCUGGGCGGCUGUUCUUGGGCUGGAGUUUCUCGUCAAACGGCUUUUGAAAGAAAGUCAGAUAGAAAUCGAUGCGAUCCAUGAUCCUGUACCGGGACACGAGCCGAGCGCAGGGAUUUCAACUGAAAUAUGUUCCGAUAGCAAUCAUUCCCCGCUUCCUAUACUGACAAAAUUUGACGAUCCUAUCCGGGGGACUGCGCUAAUGAAUGCUGUUGCUCGUAACCAUGAAAAUGUCGUCCGGCUACUGAUUGAAAACGGGGCGGAUCUUCAUCACAUAGAACAAGGGUAUGCAGGGGACAGCAAUAGUGCUUUAUCCAUCGCGUGUGAUAACGGAAACGCCAAAAUGGUGGGUGUCCUCUUGGGAUAUGGCGCUGAUCCAAACGAAAUCUGCGGAAACUGGUCUGCUUUAGCAUCCGCUACCUUCCGUGGAAGCUUAGAUGUUUGUAAGUUGCUCUUAGAUCGUGGGGCGAGUAUUAAUUUGCACAUGGAACACGAUUCAAAUGGCCCAUGUGACAUUUUAUCUAUUGCGGCGAGAAACGGGGAUGUCCAAUUGGUGGAAUUAUUUCUUUCUUGGGGCAUUCAUAUUGGACCUCAAGCUCUGCUUUGGUCACUAUGGCCGGAGGAAGAGAUGUACGAGGUAGAUGAUGAGACGGACGAUGGGACGGACGAUGGGGUGACCUAUGACAACCAGGCAAUAUCAAAGAAAAGGGUCUGCGAGUUGCUCAUUCUCCAUGGCGCAAAUCUCAAUCCGGACCCGACAGGACUUUUCGAUACCCCCCUUGCCAUGGCCCUUCGCUUCAAGUGGUAUGAUAUUUUUGAAUUAAUGCUUCGCAAAGGCGCACGAGUGGAUCCCAGUGAUCCUAGUUGCCUAACUGCUGGAAACAUAUUGAUAGCAGCGAGCAACAGUGUGGACAUGACCAGGCACAUUCUGGAUAUGGGUGUUGAUGCUAACGCGCCAGGUGUUUUCGUAAAGCCAUUUGGUGAGGAGGAUUUACCUGCGACCGGGUUUUCAAACGCGCUACAAGCGGCAGCAUUCCGUAACAAUCCUGGUGUUGUUGAAUUGCUGCUGGAUAGAAAUGCUGAUCUCAAAAUUACUGGUCCGCCUUAUGGCAAUGCACUUUACGCUGUGGCUGGACGAAUAAUCUCAGAUCAAUAUGUGUCGGAUAGUGACGUAUCAAAAGCCCUGAAAAUAUGCAAAAUGCUGCUUGCAAAGGGGGCAAAAUGGUCUACAAAGCAUCUUCCAGAAGACAAAGAACUGAGGGAGAACUGUUUGCUUGGACGUUACAUGUAUCGUGCCCUAUGUUGA